AUGGCGGGUGCCAAACGUAAGGUCGAAGCGUCUCAGGGAGCGACGCCUGCUGGCGCUGGCGCUACAUCCACAGGGAACAUGACCCCCUCAGCUGAUACUCUCAUGGAGGAUAACUCCAACAUUCGCAUCACCAGGAGCGCUCGGGCUAGCCGAGACGCUCGUGCUCAUAAUAUGAACAUUCCGAGCACCCCAUCAUCUACUAACAAUGCCACUCCCAACAAUCUCAAUAAUGGUCGCCCGUCACGCAUUAUUACGCUGAGCACCCGCACUGCUAGAGCCAAUAGUGCCCGUCAGGCUCAGGCCAACAGUCUCCGCGAAGCUCAAGCAAACAAUGCUCCCGUGGCCGAUACUGCUACCAGCACGGUCAACCCUGUCCGUGAGACUCGCACCUCUCGAGCUCGCGCUGCUGCUGCGGCCGCAGCUGGUCCCGCUGUGCCCUCUGCGCCCGCGGCUCCCCUUGCUCCAGCUCCGGCUGCGGCCGACAGCGUAGCAUCGGCGAAUGUUCCAGAGACCCCCGGCACAAGCGCAUCAAACGAGCUCCUACUUUCCACCGAGAAGACUUUCUCGAACUCUCAGGCUGAGUUCAAACAGCCUGAUGGCAGCCCAUCCGCCGGCAUGGCUCCUGGUGGCCGGACACGGACACGGAGCAGACAGAUGGUCAGCAGCCUGAACCAGAAAACCGGCGAGUCAACAAGAGCCACUUCCUCUCCCUCGAAAAAGAAUGCGGGAAGAUACGAAGAGAACAUCAGCCCUCUGGAUACAGUUGUUUCGCAGCUAUCCACAAAAGAUCAGAUGUCUGAACUAGUUGAUGAGAGUUUAUCGAAGGACAACGGUCCCGAUGACAUCGAGAAUAAAGUGAACGAACCCUCAGACAUGGAAAGCGAGGAAAAGCAUGAAUCCGAGACUGUCCCACCAAAGUCACUAAAACGGAAGUCUCCAGAGCCUGAUGACGGCCUCGCUGGGGAGCUCAUGCCCUCUUCUGAUUCCCCACGCAAGAAGCCGAAAGUGGAGAACCCAGAGCUGGACCGCGCGUUGGACCAACAGUUACAGGAAGGCACCGAGAAUAACGUUGAUGACAAAGCAGCACCGCAGUUCCAGUCUCCUGGUGACGUAGAUGCUAUUUCUGCCGAGGGCGAGGUCGAAGCCUCCGAGAACGAUGCUCUCAAAGCCGGAGCUACGAUAUCUGUUGCUGCCGACGACGAUGUUCCCGAUGUUCAAGAUGCUGAAAUUUCCGCGUUCUCCGCUGCCAAUGCUAGCGAUGGGAGUCUUGAUGUUGCUGAUGCUGCGGACAAUGAUACCACUGCUGCUAGAGAAUCGGCGGCAGGUGAUGAGUCUCGUCAAAUCACGGAAGAAGUUGAAGAACAAGCUUCUGAAAAUGGUGUCGAAUUUACGGUCAGCAGUGGACGUGGACGAGGUCGUGGCCGUGGCCGUGGAGGCGGCGGCAUGGGAGCCUCCACGCGCGGCGGGGGCCAGAAAACGGGGCGCAAAGCGGAUGGCGAUAAUGACCAGGAUUCCGGGCCAGAACCCGAGCCUCUGCGUUCCCCUUCUCCAACUCCAGCCACACAGAAGAUGCGGGACCGCCAAAGGGAACUUGACAAGGCGUUCAAGAAGGUAGCGGCCGCCCAGCGACUGGCUUUGUCUGUGCUAGCCGAGCAUUCUCAGCGCAAGCUUGCGCGGGAUAAGAACGCCCAUAAGAAAGUGCCGGAGUUCGACGAGGUCAACCGGCAACUACAGGAGAGAUUAGAGAGACACAGGGAGAUAUUGCGCCGAGAAUACGAAUAUAAGGUAGCAAAUGCGAACCGGGUCCUUGCUCUUGAGAAGGAGAAUCUUGAGAUACAAUUUCGAAGGAAAGCUCGUGAAAUCCAACACGAACAUCUUCUUGCAAGUCAGGGGGCGUACAUGGCAUUUGUCGAGGGCCGCCGUGCUGCAGAGGAUGAUGAACACACUGAGACGGAUGAAUCCGAAACCGAGGUUGACCGUGGACGUGUUCGCCCGCCAGCCAGAGAGAUGAAGAGGGGAUACUAUUCAUCCUUUGUGCGCAACCCUGCUGGUGCUGCUCUAUACGAACGUGCCCUGAAUGGCUGGGAGGAUUUUGUUCAGCGAGCCAAGCUGGGAGGCGACAUUGAGCCGCAGAUGAACGACAUGGAAGAAGCGGUGCCGUUCAAAGGUCUCUCAGCACAUGAUAUUCUCAACAUGAUCAUUGAAGCAACGGGGUUGGUUCAAACGCGAGACGACGCUACGGCGGAGAGUAACAUGGUAUUCGCUCCGCACACCGAGCUAUCCUCCCACAACCUCCACAACAUCCACAACAUCCUCAGCUUCCUGCAAUCCAGGCUCCAACUGAUCCGCGAGCCUUUGUGCUACCGCCUCCAAAUCCGCAACGGCAGCAGCCGCGUCGGUUGCUGCCCGCUGGGCAACUACCGGACCCUUUUGCUGCUCGAAACGGCCCUCCCCAACUGCCCCCCCUCCUGGUUCCAACUUUCAACGUCCUCCCCUGCCUGGCUUCCUAUCCGGACCUCCUCCUCCGCCCCUGUACUACACACACCCGCCUCCUCCGGGACCCCGGCCACCCUUCUAAACGGCAGUGUCGGAGAAAAGGAGGGAAAGGAGUAA